UCACCCGUAGCAACAUUCGCAAUGUUAGCCGUUAUUGUAUUAUGCGUGAUAGUCGUCCCCGUGACACACGCUUUAAUCGCCGCCUCCGCGGACGCAAUUGUGCCGUUUUAUUUCGGCAAUAUAGAGGACAUCCUUAUCUACUCGGACGAUGACACAUCAGUUAAUUCAAAACAGAAGGGCACCGCUCAGAUGAAGGACUUUGCUGGGUCGAUCGAUACAUUAACGGUGGAGUUCAAUCAGACGUUGCCAAGGCAACAUGUUGCUUCAGCGUCGUAUAUGCUGGAACUUUACAACGCUCUACAGGACCACAACGGGCGUAAUUUGAAAUAUGGAAAGAGAGCUAUUCGAAAAUCAGACACUAUUAGAAGUUUCUCUGCAAAGCUUGACGGUGUUACACGACAUAAACCAACGUCUGAAGUACGACACCGUUACGUUUUUGAUAUCAGUGUACUGAAUCGUGCGGAUAAACUGCGUUUAGCGGAGAUGAGAUUCCCGUUUCCAGGACAAAUAAAGAAGAAGCGAGUUCACGUCACACUCUAUCAACUUUUCGAAACACGUUGCCAGGAAAAUACCAACAAUACGUGUUUUCGCGGAGAAGCUGUAUCAACGCAGAGGGUGAAGCCCGGCGAUCUUAACGGUGACGACAACAUGGUCGUAUUCCAGGUAACAUCCAACGUUAAGCGGUGGUUGAAGUCACGCAAUGGCGCACACAUUAUGGAAAUCAGCGUAUCCUACGAUGACAUUGUGGUGGAAGAAGUGGUUGACGAUGUAGCAUUGUUAGUUACAUUUACGUACACCAACCUAAACAAAAAACAGAAGAAAAUGACGACAGAAAGAAAAAAAGAAAACAGUCUAGAUGAGAAAAAGAAACGCAAAAAGUACAUUGACUUUGGUGAAAAUGUUAAGGCACAGGAGAAUGUUAGAAACGACAAUGCGAAUAGCGACACGACGAGGAACAGACGAGCUGCCGGUGAUGCCAGACGUAGGAAAAAGAAGGACAGAAAGAAAGGAACCAGAGGCAGUAAGACAAACGAAGCGACAGAUGUGUACCAACAUCCGUGCGAAAGGGUAGAACUAAUAGUAGACUUUGAUAAGAUUGGUUGGGGAAGUUGGAUUAUUUUUCCAAAGAAGUUCGACGCAUAUCAGUGCGUUGGUUCUUGCCCUGGUCCUGUUGACGGCGAACAUAAUCCAAAUAACCAUGCCAUUAUCCAAAAUAUGGUGCACACAUCCAAUCCAGAUCGUGUUCCGCUGCCGUGCUGUGUACCUACUAAGUUGUCGUCACUAAGCAUGUUAUAUUAUGAACGAGGUAACAUCGUGGUAAAAGAACACGAAGGCAUGGUUAUACAGGAGUGUGGAUGCAGAUAAUACUACGAUAACUACAUACUUUAUCAUAUGUUUACUAUGUUAUAACAAUACAGAAUAUAUUCAAUAGAUAUUUAAUAGAUAUUAAAGAUCAGUAAAUAAUGAAUA